AUGGAUGAAGGACCGGACGAUGAGAAUUCGCAGGAGGUGGCAGAUGAUGAGCGCAAAAACUGGAAGCAACUUCUGGAUGGCAAGCGAACAUACCUCCGACCACCAAGGGAGCACCAUGUUGUCAGUGAUGUUUUCAAGUGUCCAGAUACUCGUAAAGCUGCAUUAGGACGCCAGAAACGACUCUCGCGUUUGGUUGAGAAACAUUCAAAGAAUUUCUUCAAGGAAAAGAUCAAGGAAAACCUUGGAUUAAUGCAAGAUAGUCAAGCUGAAGUUACUCGUCUAAUGGAACAUGUGGCUAUGUCCAGAGAGAAUUUCUGUCGUCUGAAAUGGGAUAAAGCAUACUUCUUAAAUCCUGAAGAAUACUUUUCAAGUGUUGUUUCUGAGUUCAGUCAUUUGGUUAACUCAGUUGCGAAUGGUCUGAGUUCUGAUGAGCUGUACAAUAGAAGUAUACAGGAGAUCGUGCCACUCAGGAUUAUUUCUUUGCUAAGAUUGCUGGCAGAGACUGAGAUCCGAUCACGAGAAGACGAUUUCAAAUCACUUCUCCCAAAAGAAAUGGAUGCCCUUACGCUUAGAUAUUGCUGCAAGGAGCUGCGUCCUCUGGAUGUUGAAGCCGAGGUGCUACCAAUGAGGGCUCUAACAUAUGCGCUUGGCAUUCCGUUGCGUGUCGAAACUGUGGGCGAAGGUUCGGAUCGUGGAAUUCAAGUGGAGCGCCUUGAUUUAUUCCCCCGAUCGGAAUCGGGGAAGGGUCCUCUUCAUUUGGUACAAAGCUACUGGUCAUCCAUCACAACCCCUGAACCACAGGAUAUCGGAAGUGGCAACUUGUUAUCAUCUGACGGCACACCUUUGCUGACAUUGUUGUGUAGGCCUAGGCACUGUGACAUUCUUUAUCGCAGUGAACAAAACUAA